UGAGUCAGGAUGUCGGUCACUCACCAGUGUUCAUAUUGGACCUGUUCCGCGAGAGAAAGUCAGUCGUCUUUACAGAGAAGUAAAAGAUGAAGCUUCAGUACUCUCUCCUCUGCCUGUGUGCGCUCUUAAUUUCUGCCUCGUGUGCGGAAGAGGCUGGAGCUCUGGCCCCUAGAGGCCCUCGUCCUAAUGAACCUGGCUUCAAGGCUGACAAAUGUGCCACAGAGAAAGACUGGCCAGUCUGCUUAGAUGAUGAAUGGGGUAGAAAAUGUCCGUCUGGCUGCCGAAUUCAAGGCCUUCUGGAUCAAACUGACCACGAGAUCCUCAACAAGAUUGAGAAGAUCCGCAAGCUUCUUGACGAGGGAAAGAAAUUGCAUCGAUCCACAGAUUUGGAGUCCAAAAAUACGUACAGCUUUCUGAGAGAGAGGCUCGUCUCCAGCGCAGGUAAUGAUAACAGAUAUACCACUUUGGCUGAACAGCUGAGGCAGAGGAUUGUUGAGUUGAAGAUUAAAAUCGACCGUCAGCUGAGAGUGCUGGAGGCUUUAAAAGCUCAAAUUAAAACCCAGUUCAUCGCUGUACAGCGCCUGGAGGUUGACAUUGACAUCAAGCUGCGCAGCUGUAAAGGUUCCUGUGCCAGCUCUGUGAACUUCUCUGUGGACAAGGAGGGCUACGAAACUCUGGAAAAGCAGCUGGACCGCCUUGAUACCUUAAAGGUCCAGAGUGUUGAAACUGUCAGUUCCUUAAAGGUACUGAAGAGCAGGCCACUGAAAGACGUAAACGUGCCGUCCAUCUACAAGUCUAUAACCUCUGACACGGAAAGAGCCGCGCAGAGGAAGACCUACUUCUCUGAUGUGGGCCAGCUUCAGCUCUCCCUGGAGGCUGAGGGAUCCACGGCAGAAACGGCCGCCACCGUCAGCAAAGUCAGCACAGGUACGGGCCAAUCUACACCCAUCUCUACCACACGAAUCACCAGCCAAACCCUCAGCUGCACCCAGACCGUCCGCAAGGUAACAACGGUCACAAAAGAUGGAGUUCAGGAGAAGUACGAAACGGUGAGAAGUGGGCCAGGGUGUGACACCAUUGGAAAACUUGGCCUUUCUGAGGCAGAUCUCCUGAGCGCAGCUAAAGAUGGAAAAGAACUGACUGCUGAUGGCUUCACGGUCAAAGUAACUGGUGGAGAUUCAAAAUCCAUCACCACACUCAACCGUGGUGAUGGAGAACUCGGUGGGCUCGGUGGAGAUUUCUUUAAGGGUCUGGGUUCUAGCGGACAGGAUCGUAAGCUCUCCUCAUCCUUCACUUCUUCCUCAUCCUCUUCCUCCUCCUCCUCCAAAACCAUCAUUUCCGGCGGGAGCAAAGGUUUUCACUCAGACACUAAGAGCAUCACGUCAACUUCUUCACCUGAUUACGGUGAUGACCUCGGGGGAUUCUUACGCGGCGACAUAGAAGAUGAUCUUCCUGACCUACAUGCUCGUAGUUUGAAGUCCCGUGACGAUCGCAAAGCUGAUUUUAUUGGCGGAGUGUGUGAGUCAGUUGGUUCUCGGAAACGACACACUCCCUCCCGUUACCAAAGACGACUUGGACAUUGUCCAGUGAACAAACACCCGCUGUGUACCGACGAGGACGAGGGUGUGAAAUGCCCAUCAGGCUGUCGGCUGCAGGGUUUUAUUGACGAGGCUGACGGAGACGUUUAUGAGCGUCUCGGCAAAAUCUGUGAGAAGACAAAACUAUAUAAAACCACGCCUUUAUCUACAGCGAUUAAAACGGCUCAGUUCUACGAAGCACAAAGGAAGAUUAUCGUCAAAACAUACAUGGAGGAAAUGCGCUACGCUGAGGUCGCUGAGAUGCUCCACAGGAACCUGACACUGUUAUGGAAAAAGUCCACAGAGCUCUCCAGAGAACUACAGAAGUACCAAAGACAGACUGAGGAUCAGAUCAAUAAAAUCCACCAGUUCGAGGUGGACAUUGACAUCAAAGUCCGUGCGUGCAAAGGAUCAUGCAAGCAAACCUUUGACCAUGUGCCUGAUCACGAGACCUUCAGAUCAAUGCGGGACAAUAUUGCCACAUUCGACUUGACCUCCCCAAAACAACAAAAAACAUUUACCUUGGACAAAAAACUCAAACUGCAACCUGUGGUUCAACCUCAUGAUUCUCUCGCGUAUGGAAAAUUACCUUUCGUCCACUCAGAACUCCUCACAAAGAUGGAGGACAUCGAGCAGAAUCAGGUGGUGAUGGAUGAGCUUCAACAGCAUACGUGGAAUUCGGAUGGAAAAUGGGAAACAUAAAAGAAAUACAUGUGGGACUUUUAUCAUGGCUUGAAUACUGCUGUUUCAUUUCGAAGAAAAACUAAAAAGUUACAUUAAAGUUGUAGAACUUUCGCGAAACACACAGAUCUUUUCUCUAUAUGUUUUUAAUACGCUGUGUAUAAAAAUGUAAAUUGUUAUACAGUACAAAUAUGAAAUAAAAUGAGACUUGCUUUAA